AACACGUGGAAUGACCUUUGUAAGCACUAAGCAUUUGCCUAGUCAUCUCAGCUUAAACUUUAUUAAGACAAAAAAGAGUAUACUGAUUCAACUCUUUUUAAGUUUAACACAAGCUCGACCUGCUAUAAAUAGCACCUCUUGGGUUUUCAUACUCUCCAUCCCAAAGCCAGAAUAUCAGUAAUUACAAUUUCUUCAUUAUGGAUGUUGUGACUUAUGAAAUGGAGGUUGCUGCUACAAUCCCACCAACUAGGAUAUUCAAGUCCUUUGUACUUGAGGGUAACACCAUCCUUCCCAAGGUCUUACCUCAGGCUAUCAACAGUGUCGACGUUCUUGAAGGGAAUGGCGGCCCUGGUACCAUCAAACAAAUUAAUUUUGGAGAAGGUAGCCAAUUCAAGCAUGUGAAGGAAAGAACAGAUGCAAUAGACAAGGAGAAGUUGACAUAUUCCUAUACAACAAUUGAAUGUGAUGCCUUAAUGGGAAAUUUUGAAAAAAUCUGUAAUGAGAUUAAGUUUGAGGUGCCCCUAUGGGGAUCCAUUUGCAAGUCCAUCAGCAAAUACUACACUGUUGGUGAUUUUGAGAUCAAACAAGACGAAAUUAAGGCUGGAAAAAAAAAGUCUAUUGGAUUGUUUAAGGCUAUUGAAGCCUACCUCUUGGCAAAUCCUGAUGCCUAAUUAAUAUUAAUGUUUGUGUCUUAAGCCAAUGCAGGUGGAUUUCAUGUUUCUUUUGUCAAAAUUGUAAUUUGAUUAAUAAAGAGUUCUCUAGGUGUGAGUUACAAGUGAAUGCAAUUUCCAUGUAUAAGGUUGUUACUUGGAAUAAAUUAAAUUCAAAUGUCUCA